AGUUGCUGCUGCAGGGUAACGCACCUCGUCGUGACCAAGGUGAAGUUUCUUUGGAGAAGAAAAGCCCUAAGAUGGCAGGCAAAGGAAUCAGUGGACCAGACUCCAUGUCCUGCAGUGUUCUGAACUGGGAGCAGGUCAGCCGUCUGCACGAGGUUCUCACAGAGGUGGUUCCCAUCCAUGGCCGGGGGAACUUCCCGACGCUGCAGAUAACUCUGAAGGACAUUGUCCAGACGGUUCGGAGCCGGCUGAGCGAUGCGGGCAUCGUGGUCCACGAUGUCCGCCUGAACGGCUCUGCAGCUGGUCACGUCCUGGUCAAGGAUAAUGGGCUGGGAUGCAAAGACCUGGAUCUCAUUUUUCAAGUUUCUCUUCCAAGUGAGGCAGAGUUUCAGUUAGUCCGAGAUGUGGUCUUGCGAUCCCUCUUGAAUUUCCUGCCGGAAGGAGUGAGUAAGCUGAAAAUCAGUCCCGUGACACUGAAGGAAGCCUACAUCCAGAAGCUGGUCAAAGUGUGCACAGAGACUGACCGCUGGAGCUUGAUAUCGCUUUCCAACAAGCAUGGCAAAAACGUGGAGCUUAAGUUUGUGGACUGCAUUCGGCGGCAGUUUGAGUUCAGCGUGGACUCGUUCCAGAUCAUUCUGGACUCCCUGCUCUUUUACUAUAACUACUCAGAAACCCCCAUGUCAGAGCACUUCCACCCAACCGUGAUUGGGGAGAGCAUGUAUGGAGACUUUGAAGCAGCUUUUGAUCACCUCCAGAACAAGCUGAUAGCUACCAAAAACCCUGAGGAGAUCCGAGGUGGUGGGCUGCUGAAGUACAGCAACCUCUUACUACGAGACUUCAGGCCCAUGGAUAAGGACGAGAUCAAGACGCUGGAGCGCUACAUGUGCUCCCGGUUCUUCAUAGACUUCCCAGACAUCCUGGAUCAGCAGCGCAAGCUGGAGACCUACCUCCAGAACCACUUCUCCAAAGAAGAGAGGAGCAAGUACGACUACCUCAUGAUUCUGCGCCGGGUGGUGAAUGAGAGCACCGUCUGCCUCAUGGGGCACGAGCGGAGGCAGACUCUCAAUUUGAUUUCUCUGCUGGCACUCAAGGUGCUGGCAGAACAGAAUGUCAUCCCUAAUGCCACUAAUGUGACCUGUUACUACCAGCCAGCACCUUAUGUCAGCGAUGCAAACUUCAGCAACUACUACCUGGCAAGUGCCCCUGUGCUGUACAGCCAGUCCUACCCCACCUGGUUGCCUUGCAAUUGAUCGCUCCCCUCGAGUGCUCCUGGCUGGAGACUGCUGAGAGCCAAGAGUGUAAAUAUAGACAAGUAAUAAGUGUCAGUUGGAUGUUCUCUAAUGGAAACAUGGCUGUAUCAGACUGUCCAUUUCCUGGUGUGCAGUGGGAUUAUGCAGCCAGGUGACUGCUAUGAAUCUUUAAGAGUAUCUCUACAAAUGCCAAAAAGCCUUAUUACCUCUUCAUGGGGAGAAGAGAACCAUCAGCCAGAUGUUAAGAGGAACAGUUAAGAAACUUUGUACUAGCUCUGGAAGUGGCUGUUAACAUGGGAUCUAAGUGGAGUAUUCAGUAAACUGGGUUGGUUAAUUGACUGUAAAAUGCCUUAAGCAGAAGCUGCUCCUGGAGUAGCAGCAAAACUCUGCUUUCUAUUUCCUAACCUCAUUACUCUUCCUCAGUCCAAGUUCUGGCCAAAUUUCUCUUGAACUAAUUGUGCCAAGACUGGGCUCAUGUCAUGCUUGGGUCACUUUCACUGUGUGUCUGUGUGAGCUGGUAGCAGUAUGGAUACUGUCUGUCUUGUAGAGGACGUAAAUGUUGUUUCCUGUAGUGCCUAUGGCUAUGUGGUCCUGCAUUGAGUUCAAGAUUAAUUUCUUGGAAGUUGAAAAUAGUUUAGUAAUUCUAUUCAUAAAGCAUAAGCUGGUUAAAUUUUUCUUGACUACAAAAACUUGGAAGGUGGCAUUUCUAAAAACACAUUAAAACAUAAUCUAAAAAUUGGUAGUGUAAAAAGUCCUUGGAAUGAGGAAUUGAGGCUUUAAAUAGAAUUGGAGCCACAGUUUGAACAGUUAACCUGGAAAAAUAUUCUUGAGUCCAGCAGGAAGCUAAAGCUUUUCUGACUAUCUUUCAAAACAAUUUUGGCACAUUUGGAAAGUAGCACAGCUCUUACUUUGGGGUUUGACCAGAUUUUCUUCCUCACAGGUCUGCAGCAAAACCAACAAAAACCCUAAACAAAAAUCCCAGGUCACUAUAAGUUGCAGGAUUACGUGCACUCCUGUCACAGCAUGAAUUCUGAAAGUGACUCCUAAAAUGAAUUUCUCAUUGUAUGACUUCAGGCUGGUCCUGGAGGUUUGCCUUUCUGUCACCACUGAGCUUACUGGGUUAUCACUAUCACCUGGUCACUGCAUGAGCAAUUCAAGUGGUUAGGGUGAAAUUCUUCCUUUUUACUGCUCUUAACCCUCACUUGAAGAGGUGUACAAACCCUGAGCAGAGCUCUCCACAGAAGUUCUAUGUGUUGAAAGUCUGGGCGUGAGUUCAGAAUAGUCUCCAGAAGCGUAUGCGCUCCCUUGGAGGUACAGAGGGCUGAACUUGCUGCUUUGACACUCCUGGGCUUUAUAAGGAAGGUUAAAAAUUCCUCAGUUAUUUAUGUAGUGGUGUUAUUAACAGGAUGAUUUUCACCGAAUUACAAUAGUAAAAUACAUAUAGCAAUGAUCUUGAGUUUCUUUUGUUUAAUCAGAGAUGUAGACCAGAAAGGCAAAUCUUAGAGCUAUUUAUAAUGUGCUGGUGCAAUGGUGAAGAAUGCUUGUUCACUGAAUCUUUUUUGUUACUUCUAUAACUAUUUAUUACUGUUUCUGCAAGCUUGUAAGACCAAAGUGCCUGAUCCAACAAAUGAUUAAGGCUUAGAAGGUAGAGCAGAAAGCAGAUG